AUGGAAAACACGUGCUUUAGAGACCCCAUAUGGCUGCAGCACAACCUGCUUACUUCUGACUCGAUACUGGAGUAUUUUUCGUUCUCGCAGUUCUACGACAAAAACUGCAACAACGAGGUGCUGAAGAUGCAGACAAUGCAUAGCACUCUGUCGGGGAUAGACGGGUUUCUGAAGAAGAUGUGCGGGAUACAGUAUUCUCUGCACUAUGCAGAAGAGCCCUCUCUUUUUAUCAUCAAGAAGUAUGAGAGGCUCUCGCCGGAGAAGGUUCUGAUGCUGGACUACUUCUACAUCAUGCACGGAACAGUGUACCAGGCGCCGACAGAGAGUGAGGUAAGCAGAACCCGGUAUACAAACGUUCUUUUUUCCAUGUUUGACUCUCUGAAGGAUCUCCCGUUUCAGAAGCCAGUGCAAAGUGCGACUAGUGCGUCUGUAUACAGCAGAAUUGAAAAGAAGAAGAGCAUCUCUACAUCAAGGAUAGCUGGCCUGUUCAACUCGUACUACAUGGACUAUCUUAGACAGUGA